AUGCAAUUGGCAAUGAAGUUCGCCAUCCUGGCUGCUCUUGCGCAGGCUAUGUUCGCGGCCGCCUCGCCAGUAUACAGCGAAGAGGACACACAUCUGCCUGAACGGCGUGAACUCUCUAAACGAUACACGGUGCAAGAAUGCCAGGUCGCGUGUUCAAUGGGCGGUCACCCAUGGGGGACCCCGGCAUGGCAGCAAUGUGUCGACCAAUGUGUGUCUGGCUUGCCAACGCCGCCACCAACGCCUCCUAAGCCGGCCCCUAAGCCAGUCCCUGCUCCCCCACCAGCAAACCAAGGCAGACCCCGCACUGGAGGGCGGAAACGCGAGCUCGCCAAGCGCUAUACGGUGCAAGAAUGUCAAGUAGCUUGCUCGAUGGGCGGUCAUCCAUGGGGAACUCCAGCAUGGCAGCAGUGUGUUGACCAAUGCGUGUCGGGCUUGCCAACUCCCCCUCCGACACCCCCAAAGCCUGCCCCAAAGCCCCUUCCGGCUCCCCCUCCAGCGAACCAGGGAAAGCCCCGUACUGGAGGACGCAAGCGUGAGCUGGCUAAGCGAUACACGGUACAAGAAUGUCAGGUAGCGUGCUCUAUGGGGGGUCAUCCAUGGGGAACUCCAGCGUGGCAGCAAUGCGUUGAUCAAUGCGUGUCGGGCUUGCCAACACCCCCGCCCACUCCUCCCAAGCCUGCCCCAAAGCCCCUUCCGGCCCCCCCUCCAGCGAACCAAGGGAAACCCCGUACUGGAGGUCGCAAGCGCGAGCUCACCUACACUGAGGAUUGGGCGUAA